AUGGCGGCGCUCCGGCUAGCGUUGAGGAGGUUUUGCGACCGUGCGCUCGGGAGAUCAGCGGGCAUUUACGAGCUCAAGGCUGCCAAGGAAUUCCCCGACAUUGAUCCUGGGCAUCUCAAGGCUGCCAGGAAAUUCCCCAAACUUCGUGUCAAGGAUGCCGAUGCUACGGCUCUGAAUGUCUUCAAGAUUCUCCGGGACAGUCCAGUCGAUGGUCAUAAAGAUGUAACCCUUCGUGAAGUGCGCAUGACUCUGAGGACCUUGGCUGAGAUUCAGGAAGAAGAAGAAUGA